AUGCAAAAGUACGCAAUAUUAGGAAAGAAAGGAGAAGGGACGUUUAGUGAAGUUCUCAAGGCGCAAGACGUAGAAACGAAGGCAUAUGUAGCGAUCAAGUGCAUGAGAAAACCCUUUCAGUCGAAGGAGCAGGUGAAUCGCCUUCGCGAAAUUCAAGCCGUCCGGCGCCUGCAACCCCAUCCGAACAUCGUGCCGCUUAUCGAAGUGAUGUUUGACAAAACCACAGGCCGUCUGGCACUGGUAUUUGAAUUGAUGGACAUGAACCUAUAUGAAUUCAUUCGGGGGCGCAGGCACCAAUUAGACGAACAUUGUGUCAUGACCCUCAUGUACCAACUGUUCAAAGCACUCGACCACGCCCAUCGCAAAGGCAUCUUUCAUAGGGACAUAAAGCCCGAGAAUAUCCUGUUGCGCGAGGAUGGCACACUUAAACUAGCGGACUUCGGUUCCUGUCGGGGUUUACAUGUCUCGCAACCGUUAACGGAGUAUGUCUCGACCCGUUGGUAUAGAGCGCCGGAGUGCCUCCUUACGAGUGGAUAUUACACCCACAAAAUGGAUCUUUGGGCGGCGGGCUGCGUGUUUUUUGAGAUCAUCGCUCUGACUCCACUGUUCCCAGGAACGACCGAAAUGGACCAAAUCCAUAAGAUCCACGAUGUGCUUGGGACGCCGCCGGUGGAUGUGUUGAAUACAUUAAAGAAGUUCGGAGCCCCGAUAAACUUCCAGUUUUCCGAGAAGAAGGGAACAGGUGUAGCCCGACUGCUGCCGGAGGGCACUUCCAAGGAGGCGAUUGAUCUCAUUGGUCGGUUACUGCAGUAUGACGAAAAGGAGCGUGUAACGGCAAAGGAGGCUCUGCGGCAUCCGUAUUUCAAGCCUUUGAGAGGAAAGGAACGACAGGAGCGUCACCGAGCGAUGGAGUACUCCACGGAGAAAGCAAAAACGUUGGAGGUGGACAGCGUUCUCCCGUGCCUUACGAGGGUUGUAGUAUCGAAGCGGGGACCGAUGACCACAGAGAAUAGACCGCACGUUAGGUUGGAGGACCUCUCCAAUGCGAAUGGGCGUAUAUCCGCUCAGUCCGUUCUGCCCAAACUUCAAGGGUGA